UAGACAUUCAUAGACAUUCAAAUAAAAAUAAACUAAUUAUUCUGAAAUAAACAACCUAAUACUAAUACUAAACUAAAUACUAAUACAAUGGAAAUAUUAAACUUCGUUGAAAAAUUUGGAGACGCAAUUUAUUCUAAUAAAAAGGCAGGUGUGUUGGUGGCAAUUGUCUAUUCUUGCCAAUUCAUAAUAAGAACAGUCGUAAAUAUAUCACCUGGAGUUCUGCAAAUUUUACGGAAACUUAUCCGUGACUUAAAAAGUCUAGUAAAACCCCGUCAAAGCGUCACCACGAUAGCUGACCAUUCUCACAGAACUCUGAAGAGGCUUGCGUUAGAUUGUAAAGAGCGACGGCACAGGCUUGGAGUCUCGCAAGUCUAUAUGGGCAGGAUCCUGGGCACCCUACCUGGUCUGCACUUACUGGCCCAAGAUACAAUUUCAAAUCUGGAGAAUGGCAAUAUGACUAUCAAACGCAUGCAUAAACUAAUGCCCCAUUAUGUGAAGGCCCUGGUGAUGGAGGAGUCGCGUCGGGAGCGGCCGGAUGCCCCGCUGGAGGAUCCCAAUGCGCCCAGCGUGCUGCCGAAGCGCGCAUGGAGAAGGCGGAAUUCAAUUGAACCAUCGGCCAAGCAAAAGCUGAAAGAAAAAUUUAAAGAAAAUCCGAGUCCAACCUAUGAAGAAAUCACUCGCUUAGCAUCCGAGAUUAAUUUAGAUUGUAAGGUGGUACGGAAUUGGUUUGCUAAUGAAAGACAACAUAGAAAACAUUUGUGUAACCAUUAAGGACUGACUAACAGCAAGAGCAGUCAGUUUUCAAUUGUUGCUAAAGAGUUCUUCUGACUCAGUUGAACACACACACACCUACACACACACAAAUACUCUGCAUGACACUCACUCUCACUCUCAUUCCAUUUGCCAGCCCAUUCCUAUUCGCCUCCCAUCCCAUUCCCAUUUGCGCUCUACUCAAUGAACUGCUGCUGCCCGUUGCCCGCAGACAACGUUCCACUGCCACUGUUUUAUAUUUAUGUAUGUACAUACUUAUAAAUAUAUGUAUGAACAUGCAAAUGUAUGUAUGUAUGUAUGUAUAUUGUAUGCUUCGAUUUUGUUUUUUGAUGUUUUUUUUUUUAACUGCUGCUGCUGUUUGCCUGGUUAAUUAAUUAAGUCUCCCAUUUUAUACCACGAGACCAUCAUGACCCAGCCACAGUUGCAGCACCAUCCGCAUCCCCAUCCCUAUUCCCAUUCCAAAUCGAAUCCAUUUGCUAUGACGGCAUCGAGUUUAUAGGCACUUCCAAUUGGAGCUCGGGUCAUUCUAGAGUUCACUUGCCAAGAAAGUAUCACUCGCUAGCUCUCUCUCUCACUGUCUUUCUCUUGGCUUUUUGUUUGUGUGGUCUGCUGUCUGCUGUCUUAUGUAUGUAUGUAGGCAUGUGUGUACACAGAGCACUCAUACAUUAUGUUCUAGUGUAUUAUUCUUGCUUUAAUAGCAACUUCAGAUUCUACUAGACUCCAGAUACAUUUAUACGCUUAAUUAGCAGGUCUUUUUAUGCAUAUAAAUUUCUAAUUUUUGCAUUUAACGAUUUUAUGUUAAUUUCAAAUAGAUACAUCAUAGUAGACACAAUAUGGACACAAUGUGAUACAGCUGAUCGUUUGAGAAAUAAGCUCUAAAAUACGUUUGAUCAAAAUUGAUUGCGAUCAAGAAAGAAUGUAUUAAUGGCAUUUAUAUUAAAAUUAAAAUCUUUCUAUAAUCUCUAAGCAAAUAAUAUGAAUAAUAUGUUUAUAAGAUUUCUUUAACUUGAACUUGGGCAAUAUAGGAAAUACAGAAUACCGUAUGCAAAGCUCUCUUCCCUCCGCUAGAUGUAGUGGCAAGAAACUCGUAAAUUAGCCAGAAGAAUUCCUCAUUGCACACGGCUGAGUACUCCGUGAGUGCCUCCUCCACAUGCUAUGCUUUUAGUAGCGCCUACUCAGUGAGUUCCUCUACCGGGAAUAUUCCCUUUGCCCGUGCACAAAUCUGAUGCUGAUACUGAUGCUGUGUCUGAUGAUGCUCUCUCUUAUUUUUGUUGUUGUUGCUUUGUUUUGUGGCCAUAUCAUGCUUAUAAUAUCGCCAGUGAGGCGGAAGAAACUACUCGUACUAUUCGUACUAUGUAUGCAUGACUAUUGCUGCUUUUCAGCUCGCAAGAUUUGUACAAAUAUUCAAUUUGGAAAUCGCGAGAGACCUCAAUUCUUCAGGGCAACGGGCAAUAGAAAUACAUUGUUCGUGAUAGUAUAUUUGCAACAUAUGCUGCGAAGAAUUGUUGCAUGCAGCCCUCGCAUAUUGUAUUGUAUUUGAGAAUUCCAAAAAAGAAACAAUACCAAAAACAAAAAAAAAAAUAUCUAGCUAGUGUAUGUAUAAGAACAAUGUAAACAAAGCGGUCCGCUCAUUCCAAAUUACCCGAUGAUGAAGUCAAUUGUUGUAUACAAUAAAAAUUGUGUUGUUUUCCUUUUUCCGAAAGUUUCGUUUCAUUUUCCAUACCCUGUAACCCGUUGAAGUAUUAGAAAUAACGUAUCAUCCUUUCAUUUUCUCUGCAAUAACCCAAUAAUCUCAGCAACUACAUGAACUGGAGCUGCAAAAUUUCGCAUAUGGAAUCACACAAGCCUUUUAUUCAUAAAUCUUUAAUAAGAAAUAAUAAGAAAAUAUCCCAAGGAACUCAGUCAUUAUGUUACCUGUAGAUAAUUGUUAAUAUUGACUUUUGUUACUAAAUUUCUUACUAUUAAUGCAACAAACUUUUCAAAUAAUGUAUGUUAUUUGUUUUGAUUUGAACUUGCAACUUAUAAAAAUAUAUUAGAAUGUGUUUUUCGCAACUCGUUUAAAAGAUCCUCAUAAUAACUCUAGUAACUCAGGAUCCAAGCUAAAUAAAGCGAUGCAUGUUCUUUUAAAGAGCUUUAAAAUUAAUUUAUUGAAAUUAUCAAAAACAUUUUUGAGAUUGAAAGAAAUGUAAUACAUUUUGAAAUGGGUAUCCCCAAGUCGUGCGUAGCUUGCCAUAGCUCUCUAUUUGUG